CAUCUCCCUCGCACUUAUUGCAUAACUGUUGCUACUCUAUUCGCACGAUUUUGGGAUAAUACGGUCACCAGAUUUGACGGGGAAAAAGCGGAACUGACAGCACUGACAGUCACCAAAAGCAAACGGACGAAACAAAAGCAAACGCACAAGCUGUAAAGUUGUAAACAAUUUGCAAAGUUGCUGAUACCAGCAGUGUACAUAAUUAUGCAGAAAAUACAAGAAUUUUAAAGUGUGUGAGUGUAACACUCAAUACAAUUGAGAGAGAAAAAUAGUUGCAAAGUGGCUGUCGUGCGUCUUUCAACUUGUGCCAAAAAAAAAAUAAAAUCAAAAGGAGUACAAAACGACGAAACCUACAACAACAAAAUCAACGAACGCACAACAAAUGAAUGAACAACACACAAAACAACAAAUAACAACAACAAUAAGAGCGCAACCAACUUCACGUACUUAAAGCUCAAAGCCAACAUUACAGUUAGAGUAAAGGCUCCAACUUGCUGCUACUGUUUGUUAUUCUAACUGUUGUUGUUAUCAGCGCCAUUAUCAUUCGUUUUUGGAAGUUUGUGCAGCAUCAGGCUCUGAAUGUCUUUAUGCUUUAAUCAUGGUGUAUUUUGCCACCAACAAGAACAACACCGACACUAUACGCUGCUAUAUUAGAAUCUUUCUGAUUACAAAUCAUGACAGAAGGACAUGAAAGCGACUUCUUAGUUACAGUACGCGCACAGGUAAUGACCAGGGACGAAAGCACCGAGGGCUGGCUACCGCUGGCCGGGGGUGGUCUAGCCAAUGUAUCCAUACGCAAGCGUGCUAGACUAUCCCCAUUGGCAACGGGUCAUGACUACAUCAUCUAUGGGCAAAGAAUUUCCGAUCAAAGUGUAAUUUUAAGCUGUAUCAUCAAUCGUGAUCUUAAGUAUUACAAAGUAAUGCCAACAUUUCAUCAUUGGCGUGCCGGCAAACAGCGCAACGGUCUAACAUUUCAAACGGCCGCCGAUGCGCGAGCCUUUGACAAGGGCGUACUGCGUGCCUAUAAUGAACUUAUUGAUGGACUGGCUAAAUCAAAUCCCACUAUAAAAUGCCCACCAUUGACCAAAUAUGAUUCGGUUGGUGAAGAUGAUGUAUUCAUGACACUGGACUUACCUGUGGAAAGCGAAAGUUUACAAAAGAUACAUUCAAGCCCUGAGGGCAGCGAAAAAAGUCACAAAAGCGUCAGCGAGCGCCAUAAGGAUAGUUACAGCAACAACUCCGAUUCGGAGAAACUACCAGCGCCGACCAUACACUACAUAUCGACGGACAAAACAACAGCAACAUCCGCAUCAGCAGCAGCAAUAACUGCUGCAGGCAGCUCAACGGAUAUAACAGCGCCGCCGCCAACAACAGCCGGCGGCCAGAUAGCGCCCAGCGAAAACUAUUCGUAUGUGACUUUAACCGCCGUACAUCAUGACUACAACUAUCCGGUGGUGGAGCAGCCUGUCGGUGCACAAGUGUUGAAUGCGCGUCGUGAAUCAAUUAGCGCGGUCAAGAAACGCAAUGCGCUGGAAGCAGCUGCUGCUGCGACAGCGGCUGGCAAACCGUUGCACAAGCCCAAUGUCUCGGAUAUAUUGAAGAAGGAGAAUCGUCUGCGUUGCCGGCACUGCAAUGAGCUAUAUAGCGAGGAUUUCAAUAGGCGCGGCGCCUGUGAAUAUGCGCCGGAUGCCUUUCGAAGUGGCUAUGAAUGCAUUUCAGGCAUGGGCUGUGCACGCUGCAUGAUCUAUCAUUGCAUGAGCGAUGCCGAGGGCGAGACGGCGCAGCAUCCGUGCGAUUGUAGUGUCACCGAGGCGGGCUGCAGCAAGCGCUGGUUGGGCCUGGCGCUGCUGUCUCUGGUCGUGCCCUGCCUCUGGUGCUAUCCACCGUUGCGUGCAUGCCAUUGGAUUGGCAUACAUUGCGGCAUUUGUGGUGGACGGCACAAACCGCAUGUCUGACAUAUGGAGGCGCAAUUGCAAGGACAGCACGAUGACGACCCCAGCACCAGGCCCAGAUACGACCAGCACCAGCAACAACAACAGCCACAGAAAACCAACGACGAGCAAAGCAACUACAAACGCCAACUGCUGCUGCGCCUCAGGCAGCAGCAUCAACAACAACAACAGCAGCAGCAGUCGCAACAGCAGCAGCAACCCCAGCCACAGCGGCACUUUUACAAUUGGGAACUCUCACAUAGUUUCGGCGCACCGCAGCAGCAAGCGCCGCAGCCGCUUUAUCUAAUGCAGCCGCGCAGCAACAAACCGGCCCAGAACGACUACGGACGUCUGAUGUUCUAAAACAUAUAUAUAGAAUUAAACAAGCGGCAACAGCAACACAAACAUUGCUGUUGUCCUUCUCCCUGCUCCCCUGCCAGCAUCUAAAUAGUGUCGACUUACCAAAUAACAUUUUAUUUAACUUUUUAACUCUUUGUUUGUUCAUAUCAUUUUGCCAUAAUUUAUUGUACAUACAUAACAUGCACAGCGCAGCAGUCUUAAGCACUCUUAAGUACAUUUUAUAUAUAUA